CAGACACGAUAUAUAGCGUUGCUGGACCGGCCCCCGACACUGAUUUGACUCUGUCCCUAUGGGGCAUGGACCGUAGUGCCUACAAGGAUCUUCAGACAUACCGCGGCAUGCACUACCACUACUUCUCAAUCCCUGCAGUAGGCAGCAAGCCUACGCUUCUGUUUCUACAUGGUUUCCCAUCCACAUCAUUUGAUUGGCGGUACCAGGUCUCCUACUUCAAGAAGAAGGGGUACGGAUUGAUCGUGCCGGAUAUGCUUGGGUAUGGAGGGUCGGACAAGCCAUUAGAACCGGAGCAUUACAAGGCUAGUCUCCUAUGUCAAGACAUGACGAGCAUUUUGGACAAUGAGGGCGUUGACAAAGUCAUUGUCAUUGGACAUGAUCUGGGUUCAAGGAUCGUCUCACGAUUGGCGAGUUACUACCCAGAACGGUUUACGGCGUACGCCUUCCUGUCGAUAGGUUAUACCCCACCAAUGCCCAAGUUCGACAUGCACCAGGCACUCCAAAUGACGAAACAACGGCUUGGGUACGAACUGUACGGCUAUUGGAUGUUUUUCUCGGCAGAAGGGGCAGACAGGAUCGUAGACAACCACUGGGACUCGUUCUUCUCCCUAGUCUACCCACAUGACCCUACGCUAUGGAGGACUGACCUAGCCCCGUUAGGUUGCUGCAAGGCAUGGUUACUGGCAAAUAAGACCGGCCCUCUUCCGCCUUACCUCUCCCCAGAGGAUAAGCAGAUCAUGUCCACUCUUCUCCGCCCUCUCACCGGGGCUUUGAACUGGUACAAAGUCAUGACGGGUGGUGUCCAAGCCGCUGACGACCGCUCUGUGGCCCCCUACCGUUAUUCUCUUCCUCCCACAGCACCAGUGCUCUUUGUGGGGUGCGAGAAGGACUACAUUGGCCUGGUUGCGGCGCACAAGGCGGCAACAGAGAAGUGCGCGGGGGAGGGGAUGGUGCGGACAGAGGUCUUCGAUUCCGAUCACUGGGUGAUGUUCAGCCAUGCCGAACGGCUGAACAAGUUACUAGAGGAGUGGAUAGGCGAUGCUAUGCGGCGGAAGGCAGAGGAGCAAGAGCACAAAGGCGAGGCCAAUGGCGACAGCAGGCUAUAGAGGUUGCGGACAUACGGAACAUUCAUAAUAUAGUGUAUAGGUACUGAUAUCCGUUUUGCUUAUAUCCUGCUUUCAUCUGUAGUAUGCAGUGUACACAGGCUAUUUUGUACUGUAACUCAUCUGCCUGGGAUCUGGUGUAAUCUAUGGUGUAUGAACCCUAGGUUAGGGUUGCGAUCUAUG